AUGGCUGCCACCGAACCGCCCACCACAGGCUUGCUCAACCUAGAGAAAGAGCUUGUCUGCUUCAUCUGCACCGAGGUUCUUUACCAGCCGCUGACCCUGCUCGAUUGCUUGCAUACCUUCUGCGGCUCUUGUUUGAAGGAGUGGUUUUCCCACCAGCAUCGCAAAGCCCUCCACGCCCAUUCUUCAGUCUCAACUCCCCCAUACACCUGCCCGACAUGUCGUGCCCCGGUGAAAGAUGUCCAGCACAAUGCGAUGAUCAACACUCUGCUAGAUAUGUUCCUCGCAGCCAAUCCCGGGAAGGACAGGACGACGGAAGAGAAAGCCGAGAUGGCACAGAUCUACAAAGCGGGUGAUGAGAUUCUCCCCAAACUUGAGAGUCAUCGGAGGCGAGAGCGCAGGCGGCGGGAAGAGGAGGAGGGGCUUGCGAGAGAACGACGAAGCGCCAGUCAUGUGCCACAGGACAGAAGUCGGCGGGAUCAACAGUUAUACAAUGCUUCGACUGACACGGGAUUGACACCACAUCCCAGGGGUGGAGAUAGCAGAAGUCGUGAACGCAGGGACAGGACAGAAAGGUCAAGGGACGCUGAUCGUCAUGAGCGGCGGCAACACCAGCAAAAUACAGAGGCAAUGGUCUCCGCCCCUCGCACAGCUAGUUCCCCGAGCUCUGCAGGCCUGUCCUCGUCUCUGUCUCCUCCGACGGGUUCACCGAGACAUCCAGACGCCGUCGAGGCGCGUCAAAGAGGAGCUCGAACUGUUGCUCACCAGGCCAGCUUGAUCUCUCUGGUCAGCGCAUCAGAGAGCGGAACGGGUACUGGAGAUAGUCUCAAUGAGGCCCAACUAAUGCAAGAGAUUUUGGCCGAGGGUCUACUCGAUGGCAUCAACGUGGAGGAUCUGACCGAGGCAGAGCAAGAUGAACUCAGCGAGCUCAUUGCCGAACGAUACAGGCAAUUACAUCCGGAGAGGAUGCGAAGAGCAGGGGCGGAGGAGGCUAGAGCAGAGACUGUGCCGAACGAAACACGACAGCCCGAAGUACAAAUCGAAGAGGCAGAUCGUCAUCCCCGUCAAUCCUCGCGGAGUACCCAGCGACAGCAGGCACACCCCAGUCCCAGAUCCAGCCGUAGCGUUACCAUAGGAGGCACGGACGGACGACCACCCUCAGCCUUUCCACAGCCAGCGGCCGAGCAGACGCUCACACUACCUCAAGGUGCAACGCAUCGACGCCGAGCUUCCAACGAGAGCGGGAGAAGAGAGACGUCAGCCACGAGAACAAGAAUAACCUCGCCAUCCAGCGGUUCGCGCAAUGCGCCAGCUGCCAGGUCUGCCACUGAUCUUUCGGAUAGACCUCAAUCUAUAGCCUUUGCCUCGGAGCGCCGACCGCAAGUCUCCCACACUACCCGGUCAAAUACUGAGCCUAGGGCAUCACCUCGAGCUUCAGAAGUGUGGCAAUCUGCAGGACGCCAAGUUUCAAGUCCUCCACAGCUAGAUUCUCCCACCGUACUAGCCCCAAGGACAGAUGAAGAUCCGCCGGUUAUGUCCAGCGUCAACACCGCGCCCGUCCCUACGUCCAUUCCAAUGAUAGAUCCCGCAGCAUGCGCUCCUGAGCCUCUUGCGUCGGUUCCGACCACUGUCUCGACAAGAUUCCAAGAACCAUCAAUCAAGUGUGCUCGCUGCGCCCGCCCUAACAUUCAAUAUGAGGUACAUAAACACUGUUCUUCUUGCAAGCUUGACCUCUGCUUGAGAUGUUACAGGGCCGGGCGGGGAUGCAAUCACUGGUAUGGGUUUGGCCACGCAGCUAUGUUCAAGUUUGAGGCGUCACAACCGUUGAACAGGAACAGCCAACCCAUCGAAUUGCCUCAUCUAUUAAUUGGACGACGAUACCAACGGCCGCCCGCAAGCACGAGCGAGGAUGAGCAGCGAAAUGUCGUGACUUCUUCGUCUGAUGCGGUCUCGCGGUUGCAGGAGGGCAGCUUUUGCGACCGGUGCGGCAGCUUCGCCAACGAUUACUUCUGGUCCUGCGACUAUUGUAACGAUGGCGAGUGGGGAUUCUGUAACGACUGCGUGAACACGAAUCACUGUUGUAAACAUCCUCUCCUCCCCGUUGCACGCAAGCCCAUCGAUCCCCGACCAACUGCUUCGCGGCCCGGAACAGCAGGGACAGAGACCGGUACUCAUUCAUUAAGUCCAUUUAAUACUGCCGGUCGCGUCCCAUCUCCAGCCCAGAGCGCACCAUCAAGUACAACGUCCGCCAAUGGGGCUUUCCCCAAGCUUCGAGCCGACUUUGCUCCAUUGGUGAUAACGAUAAAUUGUGAUAUCUGUGCACGCCCUGUUUCCCCGGAAGAAAUAUGGUACCACUGUCCAGGCCACCCGACACCAUCAGCCGAGAAGCCAGAUCAAAAGGGCGACUUCGAUAUUUGCAGUACCUGUUACCACAGCUUUGUCAAAACCGGUCAGAUCAAGCGCGACGAUGGCCCGGAUGGAUGGCGUCUCUGUCCCAGCGGACAUCGUAUGAUUUCAGUCACCUUUGAACAAGAAAGGGACGAAGGUCAGCGACGCGUCAUCCUUCGCGACCUGGUUGGCGGUGCGAAAAUGACUGAAGCAGACAUGGUGGCGUGGAAGAUCACAAAUACUCAAUUGAGCUCAAACAGCAUCCAACGUGCUGCUGACCCGACUGCUACCGCUGCAACUACUGGUCGCGGAGGCCAGUGGGUCUGGCGCGAAGAUUCCUCUGGGACACGACGAGCAACUCGAGCACGAGCGCCCACACUCCCAUCCUCGGCUCCAAGUUCGACAAGAUUAGAGUUCCCUCCAGAUGGUGGAGUGGGCAAAGUCUGCCGGUCCCGAUGGAGUUACUAUCCAGAGGAAGGUAAAGAUGGAGAAGGCGAAUUGAUGUUCCCCAAGCACGCGGAGAUUCACGAGGUCGAGGACAUCAAUGAAGACUGGUCGUUUGGUGUCUACGCCGGCGACAUGGGUGUGUUUCCGGCAGUUUAUGUGAGGUAA